CAGCCUUGUCCUCGAACCUCCGCGACGACCGUGCAAGCCCCCCGUCCCUCCUAUGUUACUCUAUGACAAGAACGUGACGGUUUUAUGUUGGCUCCAUGCCUCUCACAUGGCUAGGUCUGAAGGGGUCGUUGCCACGGCCGGACCAGCCAUGACUCUCAAGGCCGCAAAGAUGUUCGCGUCGAUCGGUCUCUCUAUCGGCUCGUCUCAGUAUGUCCUCGCAGGUCCUCGGUCUUCAUGUUAUCAUUCAUGGAUUGAACGCAACGUAAUCUCGUACCAGGAGGUGACUGCCCGUUUCUCGCUAGUGGGUCACCUCGGUCCCGAAUGUAUCCUGGCGCAUGGGGGAGGAGAUAUAGGCGUUGUUCGCGGACUCUUGAAGCACGAAAUGUAGACGACGUGGAGGUGUGUGACAUUUAUGGGGCUUUCGUGCGUGUAUUUGUUUCAUUCUAUCUUAUUCGUUUCCUUACAUGUCGGACAACGCUCGACGACCAGUGCACCUGGGCGGGAGCAUUACCCUCCGCGUUUACGACCCUACAUACGACAUCACCGUCAUCCACUAGCCCGGUUUGGCCGAGUCGCUGUCCCGGAAGCAGAACCUUGAGCACCUGUGCAGCGUGUACUACCGCGGCCGUCUGGCAUCAACAGGCCGUCUUCGUCCCUUCAACUUACGCCAUCGCGGCGCACCAGUACUCUCAGUCUUAUGCCUGCUCUCGAACCGAAGGAUGCUAAUCCCAGAGUUGUGCUGUGUUGCCGCCUUGCUCCGACACCGGACCCGAUGGGCAUGUGCGCGGUCUCUCUGAGCAGCACCUUCUACGAUGCCAUUUGGCCGCUCUAGGUAAGCGCAGCUGCUUUGUCAACCCCCUCUCCCCCUUCCCGGGCCUAAGCCGCGCGGGCCUUGAAAACGUAUUGGUUGACACGAUGGGCUCAACUAGAUGGAGUACAUCGUCGCGUGUAGUGCAGCCAUUGUGGUCGUCUCGUCUCGGCCGUGCCACUUAAGCGCACACAUUCGCAAGCCGAUCUCCUGUCGUAUGCGCCGUAUAUCGCAAGCCUACCAUGAUGACACUCGCACUCAAGACGAUAUCCACGCGGCAGUAAUGCAGACCAUCUCGUCGCACUGUCACAUGUCGUUCGCAUUCAGUCAUACGUCUGUGAGAACGCGCCUAAGACCAGCCAGUGACAGAGUUGCUCUCAGACAUGGGCCCGCCGGCAAUGGAACUGUCGCAGGCGCGUCCAAUGAUCCAAAAAUCCUCAGACGCUUUCGCUUUCACCUCUGACUCCUUCGGCUACACGCCUCGAGAGGAGGUUGACUUUGCAAGUUCAGGCGCGAGCAAGUGGGGAGUCCGCCCUGGCUGGCGAGAUAACUAAAGGAGUCGACGGUACUAGCACACCUCUCUUCGCACAGAUCGGUGCGCUCAUUCAAUCAUCAGGAUAUGGCACUGUCUCCUAUAGUCGUAUACACGAUUUUUGAUGUGUUAUAAUGAAGUGAUCACAUCUGCCGCUCCCUUCGCAUUUCCACAAGAUCCGUUGGACUCGACAUGCAUGCAGAAUUUGUAGGUAACAUAACCUGUAUUUGUGAAUAUUGAUAUCCUC